AUGCAUAAAGCACCCUCACUGCGAGGAACUGAAGGACCAUUUAGUAUUGAGUUACAAAUCUGCAAGAUGCUACAGGUUGGCAAUGAGCAAAAUGCUCAGCUGGUUCUCGUUGAAGUCAUUAGUGAUGUGCCAUUACAAGGCUUGGAAAAGGGAAAGCGAGUGGUGGCGAAGAUAUAUGACCCUUUGUACCUGGAUGAUGACGGCGGCUUUUUGGACCCUUUCGUAUGUGUUGACAAACACUACACCCACGAAGUAGCUGCAUACAUGGAAUUUUCAGACGUCCAGGGCUCCAUGGUCCCGGAAUACUAUGGCUCCUUCUCCUUGGGGGUGUCUGUCGACGAAAGCACUACACGCGACGUCCGUCUCAUCCUCAUUGAAUAUAUAUCUGGGGCUUCCAUGCGGGACCUUUCCCCCCAAGAAGUACCGAGACGAGACCGACAGGAUAUCAUGAAGGCUAUUGUUCAGUUCGAAACUUUAGCGUACACCCGGGAUAUUGUUCUCCCAGACCUCCAACCGAGAAAUGUCAUGGUGACCAACAGCUCUACCCACGAAAAAGCCGUUUGUAUUGAUUUUGGCGAUGCACUCUUCGGCCGUGGGAGUUCUUUCAACAGUUCUGUGAUUGACGCGCAUCUCCUCCCAGGUACUUAUAUCUCACCCUUGCUGCGAUGGCAUGCAGUCUUCAGAACUCGCAUGCUUGAUUUUGCCGGUUGGAUUGAUUGGGAUUGGCAACCGUGGCUUGAGACGGAAUUCAAGCAUACAGCUUUCACGAUUACUCCAAAAAUUCAAGAGAUAUUCCUUCCAAGUCGUGUGUUGGAAGCUUGGUGGCAGUCUCGAAAGAAUAGGGGGCUUUAUUGA